GAUGAGUUACUACUAUCGUUACUAAAAUGUUAUUCCGAUGGGAACUAGGUAUGCAACCAACUUUACAAGCACUCGUAUUAGAGGUUGCAGUUGAUAGACGAUAAAGUUGGUAAUAUCUGGUAGAUUAGAGUCUAGCAGUUGGCAAUGACGAUAUCCGGCAGGGGUGUAUGUCAUAUCGGCCAUAGCGGCUGGCACUUCACUUGAAUUUUCGUUCUUGUCCGAUCAAGAAGUCCUCCGGUGGCCAUUGUAAGAAUUUACCUUUUGGUUGAAAUAAGUUAUAAGAAGAUUAAUUUACGUUGGAGGAAGUUUUUAUUUUUUUGUUUGGGGUUGUGAAGAGUUUUUGGUUCCAAUAUUUUUUGAAGAAAACAAUGGCCACUGGAGGGAGACUAUAACAAAAUUUAAGUCACAUUUGGAUGCUUCAUUUAUUUAUGGAAUAAACAAUCAUUUUGGUAUUAUUUUGGGUUUGGAUUGGAAGAGUUUUGGAUGUUUUUUUUUUCUCGUUUCUGGAAUAGACACUAAGUUCUAUCGACACUAGCAAGUACCUCCUCGUCAAUACUCUGUGUUGCUGUUCCUUACCUCCCGAGGAUUGGGAAGAUCGGAGGAUACGUACCUGGCUCUCUCAUCAUCAACCUCACCAGGAUUUUGGAGAAGCCACAGGCCUACUUUUGUAGAAACGCCAGGUUUUUAUAAUAAAAUUUGAAUUUUCAAUCCUUUUAAAUAAUAGUUUUCAAUUUUCAAUUUUUUUCAAUAACUCAAAUACAUAACCUUAAUAAUAAUAUAAAUUCACCUUCUUAAACCCUAUUAUCUUUAUAAUAUUCAAUAAUUUUUUUUUGUCAACGAAUUUUAUAUUUCAUUUUCAUGAUUGUAUCAGGUAUUUAAAAUAAUCUCAGGAUUGUAAACUAUCUGGGACGAUACUGUGCACACUAUCGAAGGGUUUAUUUCCUACUCAAUAAUAUUUAUUCCAUUCACCAGAUAUUGUCAGGUUGUCACUUCCGAUCAGAUACGGGAUUGUCAGCCAAUCUUGUAUUCUACAGUAAUAAUUAGUUUGUACAUGCAUAUUUAGAUCAAAUCACUUCCUUAGUAGAAUAAAUUCAUUACAUAUAUUAGUUUUUUCAUACUGUAAAACCUGCAUUAUCGACAGGAGUGUACUACCAUAGUACGUCGGAUAUUUAGCUAGUGUAUAAAAUUGUAUAUAGGGUUUAUAGGUAUUUUUUUUUUAUUAAAUGUGGUUGUACAUACUUAUAUGUUUUAUUAUCCUAUCAUUUUAAUAGUAUCUAUUAAUAGUAUUAGUUAGGUACAGCAAUAUAGGUCACGUGGAGAAGAAUUUAUUCAAUUCUUCCCUGGCGCUCAACACUACUUCUGAAUAUCUUCUUGGUCAAUAGUUCUCUUCUUGUCAUUACUCCUUAUAUUAAUUUAUUUUCUUUAUCAUUCAAGUAUUUCAGUAGGUACCGUCUUACUAGGGCGUGCAAAUACGGCCUGAUCCUUCCCUGAGCCCUACUGUUUAGUCUCUUCAAUUUCCAGCUAGCCUAUUUCUGUAAAACUUUAGUCAUUUAUUAAGCUACCCCAUUCAAACAGAAGAAUCAUACGUUACAAUUGGCGCCCAACGUGGGGCCCGACUUUCAGUAAGACAGUACCUUUCUUUAUUUUGUUGCUUAUUGUAAAUUUUUCUAGUAAGUAUCUUUCUGGUCUAUUGUUGUAUAUUUUGUAAUUAUAUAGAGAUACAUUUUUGAUUCCUUUUGUACGUUAUUUGGAAAAUACACUAGUGCACUUAUAUUGCUGUAUUGGUACUAUUUUAAUUUAUUUAAAAUAAUAAUUGUAAAUCGUGAGUAGGAUAAUAUUUGAACAGGUGUAUUGGUUGACAUUUCGGUCUGGUCGGUUUGGUGAUACCUGGAUAUUUAUUUUGAAAAAUUUUGAAUGAUUUAUUUUUUUUGAUAUCUAGGUACAUUACUACUUUUGAUUUAGGUUCAGCCACAAUAUACUACAGUUAGCUAAAUUUUUGCUUACCAUACCUAUAUAUAAUUUAUAAAGUUUUCAUUUUUUUAUAUACAUUUUCGUUUAAACAUUUACUUAAAUUAUUUUAAAUAUCUACCCCAAAUAUAUAUCUCGGUUAUAUUUGGUUUGUCGGUUUGUUAGGUCGUUAGUUUAGCAGCUCGUUGGUUGAGCAGCUCGCUUAGUAGAUUGUCGGUUAAUUGGGUCGUUAGUUGUUGGGGUGGGUUCGGUUUGUCGUUGUUGGGUUGGGUUUAUUGUUACUAAAUUUUUCCUACUACCAUGUGUACCUUUCAGCCAGAACAUUUGUUAGUUAGGGAGUUAGAUUAUGAGCUGAGGAUAAGGGAAAUAGAGGUGGAAGAAGCUGCUAAAUGUGAUAGAAAACGCAGUCUAUUGCGUGGUGCUCUUAAACAGGAGCAAGGAAAUAGGAGUUUCCGUCAGAUUUCAGCUGCAGCUAUUCCUUUCCUGGAACAACAACAGGGAAUAAAUGAGACACUAGAGGAUCUUACGCAAAAGAUAAAUAAUUUUAGAGGGACUGUCCAUGAUAGCAUGUAUUCUAGAUACAUUUCACGUCUUGCUCAUAUCUCUGGUCGUGUCCACUUAUUAUGUUGCUCAGAUGAGGAGCAACAACUUUACAAACGCUCUAUGUCCAUUAGGAUUCUCAGUCUAGAAGGUGAACUCGAUUCUCGAGUAAAUCCUCUAGCCACGUCCACUCCUGUUUCUUCAGUUCAAGCCUCUAAUUCCUUGUUACAUCCCAAGCCUGUGCAGGUACAUAAGUGGGGAGUUUCGUUUUCUGGUGAAGGUCAUUAUGACCAAGUAAUUUCAUUUUUAGAUAGGGUAGAAUGUCUUCGUGUUUCGAGAGGUGUGAGUGAGGAAGAUCUUUUUUCGGCUUCUGCCGAAUUAUUUACAGGCCAUGCUUUUACGUGGUUUAUGAACAACCGUGGUAGCUUUACCACUUGGACUGGUUUGGCUCAGAAACUAAAAUCCGAUUUUCUGCCUUAUUCUUUCCAAACUGAUCUCUUAGACGAGAUCAAGAACCGCAAGCAGAAACCUGGAGAAUCAGUGACUAUGUUUAUUAACACUAUGUUGGGUAUGUGUAGUCGUUUAGAUACUCCUUUAACAGAUAAUGCAAAAAUUAAGAUAAUUUUAAAAUGUUUGCUACCUUUUUACCAUGCCCAAUUGGCACUUGUUGAUAUAGACACUAUCGAAGACCUGACAGAUAAGUGUAAACGGUUAGAGGAAACUCUAUCCUGGUCUUUUCAUCCUCCUACAACACCUAAUUCUGGUGCUGGAUUUAACUCUUACUCCUCGAGAAAUCGUUCUUGGCAAUCUAGACCCCAUACACCGAAUGUGUCUGUGACUACUUAUUCUUUGUCUUGCUGGAAUUGUCAGGUUGUUGGUCACGCAUUUCGGGAUUGUACCAGACCCCAAACACGGAUUUUCUGCCACGGUUGUGGUAGAGAAAAUACGCUUAAACGUAACUGUUUUAAGUGUUCGGGAAACGAGCAUGCAGAGGCUCGUACCCUGAGCGUUCCUCAAACAGCAGCCCCAUCAGGGAACAUGACCGCAGCUGUAGACGAAGCUUCAGGUCCAAUACCCGCCAGCAGCUCGAACACCUCUCAGGAAGGAAGAAACACUUCCAACCGGAGACCAGCACGCAAACCGAAAUCAGGGAAAAAGUAA